AUGUCUCGAGAGCAGCUGGUGGUUCAGCAGGCCAGGGAGGCCUUUCAAGCAGGAAGAUCGACCCUUGGUUUCAGAGUUCAGCAGCUGAAAAACCUACUGCGAUUUAUUUCGGAAAAACAGAAAGACAUCACCGAUGCUCUCAAGAAAGACCUGUACAAGAGCGAGAACGGAACGCUGCUGUAUGAGAUCUUCGGCCUUGAAGGAGAGAUCGAGCUGGCUCUGAACAACCUGGCAGAGUGGGCAGCUCCUCGUCCUGUGGCCAAAACUCUUGUCACCAUGUCGGAUGAGGUUUACAUUCGGCCCGAACCUCUCGGAGUGGUGCUUAUUAUCGGAGCUUGGAAUUAUCCGAUAGCUGUGACGCUACAGCCACUAGUAGGAGCUAUUGCAGCUGGUAACGCAGCAGUUGUAAAGCCAUCAGAGGUCAGCUCUCACACCGCCAAGGUCAUGGAGCUCCUGCACAUGUACUUGGACCCGGAGAUGUACCCUGUGGUGACUGGUGGAGUUCCUGAAACCCAGGAGCUGCUGAAGCAGCGUUUCGAUCACAUCUUCUACACAGGAAACAGCUCAGUUGGGAAACUGGUUAUGGAAGCAGCUGCACGGCAUCUCACACCAGUCACUCUGGAGCUUGGGGGGAAAAGUCCCUGCUAUAUCGAUAAAGAUUGUGACCUUCGUAUAGCCUGCCGCCGCAUCACAUGGGGGAAGUAUGUUAACUGCGGUCAGACCUGCAUAGCCCCUGAUUAUCUUCUUUGUGAACCUAGCAUCCAAGACAAAGUGGUGGAAGAGAUUAGGAAAUGCAUUCAGGAAUUUUAUACAAACGAUCCUAAGACCUUCAGAGACUAUGGACGCAUCAUCAACCAGCGGCAUUUCAAGAGGAUAAUGGCUCUCAUGGAGGGUAGCACAGUGGCUAUAGGAGGAGGACAUGAUGAAUCCCAGAGUUACAUUGCUCCCACGGUCCUGAGAGAUGUAACCCCAGAAGCAAAGGUGAUGCAGGAGGAGAUCUUUGGGCCUAUACUGCCUAUCGUCCCUGUAAACGGACUGAACGAGGCCAUCCAGUUCAUUAAUGAAAGAGAAAAGCCUUUGGCAAUAUAUGUCUUUUCUUCCAGUAAGAAGGUAAUAAAGAAGAUAAUGCUGGAAACAUCCAGUGGAGCUCUGUUAGCCAACGAUUGCCUUGUUCACUAUUCUAUCAGUGACUUGCCUUUUGGUGGUGUUGGUAACAGUGGAACAGGUUGCUACCAUGGAAAAUACACAUUUGAUCAGUUGAGUCACUUGCGCAGCUGCCUCAUUAAAAAUCUGAACAUGGAAAAGUUCAACCUGAUCCGCUACCCACCUCACACAGCAAAGAAACUCUGCUGGGCACGAAUAUUCCUCAUCAAGCAGGUGAACGUGAAACGCUGGAGACAGUUGGUGCAAGUUGCUAUGUUUGCAGCUCUGGCUGCUUUUGUAGUGCAGAGGUUCUUGCGAUAAGGUGGAUGAGAGGAGCACCAGCAGUCCCAUCCAGGCUUCUCCAGAAACUUUGUCUUAUUACUGUGAAAUCAAUAAUAAAGAGCAAAGCUGAAAUAAAUCUUCACCUUGUUAAAAGUAAUAAUAAUAAAAAAAAUUGAAAGAGCAAUCAUGCAUUACAGUAAGGUAGAAACAUAGAUUUCAUUUUACUGACAUUUACCUCUAUUAAAUACCCUAAUUAUACAAUUAAACACUAUAUUUGGAAAGUAGAAACUCACUUGUUAAGGUGUUAGACUUUGAAUGAAAAGGUCGUGAAUUAAAAUUCCAUAACCACUGUUGUGCCCUAAGAAAGACCCCUUAAACCUCAUCUGCUCAAGAGGGGAUAAGAUCAUUGCAUACCUUAUGCUAUAAAUGUAUUUCAUUUUAUGUAUCUUGUAGCUAGAAUGCAUUUUUUUUUCCAUAUAUCUUUCAAAAAUAGAAGAACAGAUCUGUGUAUUUGAUAUUAAAUAUAUUUUGGUAGGUAUUGGGGAACUUCAUGACACAUCUUUCUUGUAAUAUGUCUUUUAUCCUUUCUCUGUGGGUCAAAAUGCUUCAGAAAAUAAAAUAAACUGUAUUUAGAAACUUGA